CUGAAAAGUCUAACUGCAAAUGUACUUCAAACUCUUGCUUUCUGGUGCACCCCCAGAAGUCCUUGAAGAAAAUGAGUCAGGAUGCGUCCCACCUGCAAGUCGCGGAGCCAACGGUUCAAAGAGAAGCAGUUGGGGGUUCCUAUUUACUGGGAUUGUUGGCGGGACGCUGGUGGCUGUGUAUGCCGUGGCCACACCAUUUCUAACGCCAGCCCUCCGAAAAAUUUGUCUGCCUUUUGUACCUGCAACUACGAAGCAGAUUGACAAUGUUGUGAAAAUGUUGCAUUGCAGAACAGGAUCCCUGGUCGACAUUGGCAGUGGCGACGGGCGUAUUGUGAUAGCAGCUGCAAAAGCUGGAUUCAGAGCCGUUGGUUAUGAAUUAAACCCAUGGCUGGUUUGGUACUCCAGAUACCGUGCUUGGCAAGAAGGGGUGCAGGACUCCGCCAAGUUUUAUAUUUCAGACUUGUGGAAGGUUACUUUCUCGCAGUACUCAAACGUCAUUAUUUUUGGAGUGCCUCAGAUGAUGCCGCAGCUGGAGGAGAAACUUGCGCUGGAGCUUAAGGAUGACGCCAGAGUCAUUGCCUGCCGGUUCCCUUUCCCUCGCUGGACCCCAGACCACAUCACUGGGGAGGGUGUGGACACCGUGUGGGCCUACGACGUGAGCACCGUGAGAGGCAAGAGGCCCUGAAGACCCGUGCGUUUCCAGUCGAUCCUGGAGAUGUAGAUGUUACUGAGCGCGAUUUUCCGAGUGUUGGUGGUCUUCGAUUUUACAGAGACUUCCAGCUGUGUCUUCAGCAAGGAGUGUAUUUUUUCUUCAGUAUGGAAUGAAAAACUAUUACUUUCCUUAACUUCUGCCAAACAAACAGAAGUUAGAACAGCAGGUAGAUUUAAAGUCUGUUUUCAUGCUGUACUUCAAAAAGUGGCCUCCUUCCCUUCCA